AUGUCGGCCACUCAAGCUACUUCAAAGUCUGCCAGCGGUGCAGAUACAAUCAAGCUUCAAGAAGCUUUAGAUACCGAUACUUUUCUAUUGCCACCAUCAGUAUUGGAUGGAGAGCACGAUACGACUUUGGAACUGAAAGAUAGCCGUACAGUUCUACCACAUCCCGUCGCUGUUCCAAGAGAUACCUUCCACAUCGACCCUUCGACUGAUGAAUUCAUCGACCAACCUGCCAAUCAACCAUUCACCUCAUCAGAACCACACAAAACCUACCCCUUAACCCUUCCCGGCUACAUCACCGCAAUCAACGCCCACACAGGCGACAUAAGACUCACCCUGAGAAACGAAACUAUUAUGGUCGAGGAGCUGUCGCUUACGGAACCGCCAAUACGGUUUGGAAGCGAUGAGGUGGAAGAUAGAUAUAUUAGGAUGUAUGCGAGAACGACAUCGCCUCUUCCGGGGACGGGGAUGGUUUCGUUGACGCCUAGGGGGUCGUUUGGAGUGGGAAGACGGGGUGGGGAGGGAAUACGUAGGGAGGUGAAGGAGUUUGAGGAGAUGAUUGAGGGAGUUGAGGUCAAAUGUGUGGAGGAUGUGAAGAGAAUGGAGGGUGAUGAGUUGAUCGGGAGUAUUGAGGGAGUUGAAGUAAAGUGCGUGGAGGAUGUGGAGGGUGAUAAGGAUGGCGAAGUGGUGAAAAGUGUUGAAGUGAAGACCGAGCCAGACGAAGAAGCUCCCAACGUCGAUUCCACCCCCUCCAUCGACAUCCAUCGCCACCCCUCCUUCAGCUCCCUAAAAUCCUAUCUCUCACCCACUAACCCCCAAGAACCCUUCGAACCAACCCACCUCACCAUCCCCCUCGCAAUCGACAUUCGCGUCGCGCACUCCCGCCUCCCCGCCGACGACCCGGCUGUUUGGGACAAAGUAUCCACGACCUUGAAAGCACACUUACUGAAUAUGUUCUGGAAAUGUGAGAGCGGUACUCGGAUUCUGUUUAGUGAGAAGGAGUUCCGCAGGAUGUAUGAGGAGUGUAGGAAGUGGAGGGAGUGGCAGGGGGUUGAGGAGGGUGAAAUCGUGGAGGAGGAACGAGGAAGAACGCGACGUCGUCCGCUUGAUGUUGUGGAGGAGAUGGAAAUGCUGUGCGAAGAGAUGGAGGGUGAAGAAUCGGGUUCUCCGAAGUGGAAACCUAUUAGAAUUCCUCAAUUCCUAGGUUCGAAGACAUACCGUCGACCAAGCGCCCAUUCACAACGUACUUCUGAUAUCAGUCCCUGCAGUACUUAUCGACAAGACUCUCCAUCCAAACGUCCCAAAACCGGACACACAUCACCUUUUGACGGCCUGAUACAGACUAAACCGUCUAUUUUCGGCAACGAUCACUGCCUUUGCAUCUUUUGCAAGGGACAUAGCAAGAAGUUUCCGCCUCCGAUGUGGGGGAGCACAUACGCGAGUAUUCGGUAUCAGAAUGGGGAGUUUUGCUAUUGUGUGUUUUGUAAAGGGUGUAGAGAGUUUUUUGGUGGGCCGGUGGAGGGGAGAGGUGGAGGGGAGAGGUGGAGGGGAGGUUUUGAUGGCUGGGGUGGAGGGAGGGGAGGAUGGGAAGGACAGGAUUUAGAUUUGGCCGGAAAGGUAAUGGGAUGA